AUGGUUGAAAAAGACUCUGCAAUUGUUUGCAGGAAAAAACUUACAAAACAGGAAGUAGCUAAAUUCCGAAGUGCUGUCACCAAGGACUAUUAUUUCCAAAUGUACUAUGAUGACUUGCCUUUUUGGGGCUUUCUAGGGAAAGUUGAAAAAGACAAAAAUGACCCUAGCGAGGAAAGAUAUUACCUUUUUAAACAUCUUCACUUCGAGAUCCUCUACAAUAAAGAUCGUGUCAUAGAGAUAAACGCGAAAGCUGAUCCUAAUGCUGUGGUGGAUCUCACUGAAGACAAAGAAGUUGAGGUGGAGUUUAUGUAUACAGUCAGAUGGAAAGAAACAAAUAUUCCUUUUGAGAAUAGAAUGGAGAAAUACUCUCAAUCUUCUUCACAACCACAUCAUUUGGAGAUUCACUGGUUUUCAAUUAUCAACUCAUGUGUCACUGUUCUUCUCUUAACCGGUUUUCUUGCCACCAUUCUUAUGCGUGUCCUCAAGAACGACUUUGUUAAGUAUGCUCAUGAUGAGGAGGCAGCUGAUGAUCAAGAGGAGACUGGAUGGAAGUACAUUCAUGGUGAUGUGUUUAGGUAUCCAAAGUACAAGUCUUUGUUUGCUGCUGCCCUUGGUUCUGGGACCCAACUAUUUGCUCUAGCACUUUUUAUCUUCAUACUCGCACUUGUGGGUGUAUUUUAUCCAUAUAAUCGAGGAGCUCUAUUCACUGCAUUGGUUGUUAUAUAUGCUCUUACUUCUGGGAUUGCAGGAUACACUGCAUCCUCUUUCUAUCACCAGCUAGAAGGAAGCAACUGGGUGAGAAACCUACUGCUAACUGGAUGCCUCUUUUUGAUUGUUUUAAUAUGGAGUUUGGUGACAUCACCUUUACUUGUUCUCGGGGGUAUUGCUGGAAAAAACAGCAAAGCUGAAUUCCAAGCUCCUGUUCGCACCACAAAGUAUCCCAGAGAGAUUCCACCUCUCCCAUGGUACAGAAAAACCAUCCCUCAAAUGGCCAUGGCUGGCUUUCUCCCUUUCAGUGCAAUCUACAUUGAGCUUUACUACAUCUUCGCCAGUGUGUGGGGCCACAGAAUUUACACCAUUUACAGCAUCUUAUUUAUUGUUUUCAUCAUUCUCUUGAUUGUCACUGCCUUCAUCACUGUUGCUUUGACUUAUUUCCAACUUGCUGCUGAGGACCAUGAAUGGUGGUGGAGGUCUUUCCUAUGUGGAGGGUCAACGGGUGUGUUCAUCUACGGGUAUUGCUUGUAUUACUACUAUGAGAGAUCUGACAUGUCUGGAUUCAUGCAGACAUCCUUCUUCUUCGGUUACAUGGCUUGCAUUUGUUACGGCUUCUUUCUCAUGCUCGGCAUGAUCGGUUUCCGUGCCGCCUUGUUCUUUGUCCGCCACAUCUACCGCUCAAUCAAGUGUGAAUAGAAAAGGUAACAAAAAGGUUGUUCAAGUUGUCCCCAUUCCAAUUAUGUUCAUUAGGUUAAUAAGAUAAAUUGAUGUUUGUUUUCUUAGUUUUAAUGUUUUUUUUUUUUGGGUUGAAGAUAGGAAGCUAGUAUGAAAACUAUACCGACUAAAUUUUUGAGAUAUAUAUAUUAUAUAGACCUUUUUCCGUUUGAAGAUGUAAAAGAUCGUUCCUGUAUGUUUGUCCUAACAGUAAAAAUGUGAGA